AUGUCAGAUCUUUAUAUUUUUGAAAAUGACUCGUAUGACUUCAUCCUGAGCCAAACCGUAGAUUCACAAAUUACAUGUCCUGAAGACCAGCAAUUACCACAAAGUGGACUGGGAAAGGCAAGCCAUGACUGUGAUACACAUGUCCUGAUGUAUGACUCAGCAGGCAUUGUGACACAAUGUCAUCGUGGCUCUAGUGAGGAACGAGCUAUAGAGGACAGUGUGUCAGAGGUGAGCCAACAUGAAGAGUUAGGACCACCUGCUGCAAAUGCCUUCGAGGUGGACUUGAUGUCUGUAAAUGAUGUGAGAUUAGGGAAAGUAGAGGUCGAUGGUUUAACCCUUCAUCAACAGCGCAGCAACAGUCCAGUUGAGCUCUGGCUGGAUGCAUGCCAGUAUCUAACUAGUGAGGAAACAGAAGAUCUGGAGGUUUUGGACAAGACAGGUCACUUGGAUUUAAAUGACACCUCUUUUCUCCCAAAAGACACAUAUGUGUCAGAUUACAGCCCUGAAGGUAGCGAGAGGAUUGGCUGGUUGAGUGAUGACACUAGAAGUUGGGGGCCACCAGUUGAGAGGUGGUCAUCGGUGGACAGCUGGGCAAGUGCACUCUCAGACUGGGUCGGCAUCAUUGAGGCUCCACCAGAAGACAUCACAGCUGCCUUCACAGAGAUAGGAGCGGAAAUAGAUGCUUUGACACAGGCUCUAGAAGAUGUGAAUACUCACAUAGAGUCAGAGAAGCUGCAAAGAGAUCUAGAAACAACAGUGCAGGAACAAGCACAGCAAAUUAUGGGUGUCCAGGAUCAGCCUCUGAUGACUCAAAAUAUCCCAGAGAGCGCCAUCCACUCUGAGCACAGCUGUCUCGCUUUGUGCCUGGAAGCAGGAUCUGAACUCCACAACAGAGAGGACACAAAAAGCAUUGAAUCCUUGUGUGAUCCAGCUCUAACCACAAAAGAUGAAGAGCCUCAGAACCAGCAGGAAAAAUACCCCACUCUCCAGCACUCUUUCAUGGAUUCAUCCCAUGUGGCCUCUCCUGGAGAACACAGUUUGGAUGAGACUGAUGUACCUGUGUCAUUUAGUGGUUUGGAUCUUUCUCAGUUUGAUGGGUAUUUGAAGGCCUUUGAAUCACACAUUUUCACAAGUAAUGAAGACCGUCCAGUUGAACUGAAUAUAACUGAGGAUAGAGAUUUUAGCCUACCUGAAGGGCUGCCAUUUGAAGAGCCCUUUAGAGAUGGACUGUUUCAAGUGACGGGUGAAUGCAGUGUCCCCCAGCUGGGCUCGGUGGCUGCACAGCAGGUUGAUUGUGAAGGAAACAAGUGCACAACAGAUUUCAAUUUCCUCUCUGCACACACUUCAACAACCUCAGAUGUGCCAGGUGUGGACACACAACCUGACCUGCAUGCACAUGUGUCAUCUAACAUUUUGCCGGAUCUUGCUGGACCACAUCAAGUGGCGCCACAGUUGGGGGUUCCUGAGUUUAUUAUGCCUUUAGCUCCUUUGAGCGGUGGCUCCUCCCUCAUCUAUUGGCUGAACAGCAGUUUGGAAGGAGAUCAGUCUUGUACCAAAAGGUCUCUCAAUGACAGCUUUAGUUGUGAUCACGUACAACUUUCGCCCUGCCCAACACCGGAUGGAAUUACUGACAAGCCAGCCCUGAAAGGUGAUGACGAGCAGAAUCAUAAAAAGCAGAAUACAACAAGUGCUGUUAAGACUCCUACACAAGAGACCCACGCUGAUGACAUUUCAGAGAGUUUGUUUACUGCAGGAAAAACAGAAACUGAGGAGACUACAGAUCUCAGCAGAGAACUAGCAAACUUCACAUUUUUUCCUGCAGAUCAUAUAGUCGUCUCAGAGGAAAACCGUGUUGCAUACAUUACUUUAGAUUUGAAUGAUCCAUUUGUCUCCAGGGCUGCAAAACCCAUCUUCACAGAUUCAGUUUCUGAUAGGGCUGAGCUGGAGAUGCCUCACAAGACUCACAAGAAUCCCUCAGAGAGCAAAACACGCUCCAAAAAGGAAAAAUCAUCUGGUCAUCAUGAUGAGCAAGCUUCUAAAAAACAGGAGAGCAUAUCUCACCUUGUUUCCACACAAAACACUGGCAAACUGCAAGAAAGUCAUCCCAUUGCUAGAGAAAACCACAGCAGUGAGAAGAGUUCAGCUAGGCUUGAGGCCAAGGAGGCUAAACUGCUGAUUGAGACUGUUGUGGGGACUGAGAAGGUAACAAGCAAGCCACACAGCAAGAAGAAAAAGAAACAUGGUCAGAACACAACAGUAAAGAAUGGAGGGGAGCAAUCAACUGAUCUGGAGAAUGGAGCUAAACCAAAGACUGCAAAGGGAAGAAUUGAUAUGUUCGAGGCCAAGCUGUGUGGUACAGCUGGGAAAGCUCAGAAAGACGCUGAUCAGUCAGUUAGUGGAGCAAAAAUGUCUCAGCAGCCAGUGGCUCAAAUGCCCGCGGCAGAGCCAUCUCAGCAUUACAUAGACCUCAAAGACCACAAGUCAAAAAUCUUGACGGGUCCCCGGAACGAUGAAACCAUCAAAAAGAGACGUGUUACCGGAGAUAAGUUCGGGAAAAUUGUCAGCACUUUGGAGUCUAAACUUCCAAAAACCGAUGCUUCAGUUAAAGUCAAAGUGGAUGAGAAUCAGACAGAUGUUGGAGGAAUUCGUAAGAAGGCAUACAGUGAAGUGGUCAAACAAAACAUCGUACCAAAGGAAGAUCCAAAGGUGGUGCAGCCAAUCCAGGCAGAGUCAGUGAGUGGGGACCCUCAGAGUCUGUGUCUGUGGUGUCAGUUUUCUGCUGUCUUCUGUGACUACACUGUGACCUGGAGCAGAGAGGGAACCAUCCUGACUGAGAUCAAGAGAAGUGCAGGGGAUGAGAGCAGAGUGUCGCUGACCAUCUCCAACGCUUCUCACAAAGACCUGGGCAGGUACCAGUGUCGUCUCAGCGGCGUGCAUGGCUCAAUCACCCUGGACUACCUGCUCACAUAUGAAGUUCUCAGUGAGAUUGUCAUCCCUCUGUCUCCAAAGGCAGUUUCAUCUGCUCCUGUAGAUGUCUGCAGUGAGGAAGAGGAUGCCCAGUGUUCCAAGCUCUUGUUCAAAGAGAAUUUCCUUUCUGACCAAUAUUUUGGAGAGAAACAUCCCAUCAGCAUCAUCACUGAAAAGGUCCACUUUGGGGAGGGGAUGCAUCGGAGAGCUUUCAGGACCAAGCUGCAUGCAGGUCAGAUACCCCUGUUGGUGCCAGGACACUCCUGUGUGCUCAAGGUGCACAACGCUAUCAGCUACGGGACCAAGAACAACGAUGAGCUCAUUGAGAAGAACUUCAGUUUGGCUGUGGAGGAGUGUCAGGUCCAGAACACAGCAAGGGAGUACAUCAAAGCAUACAAUGCUGCAGCUCAGUCUGUUGAAGCCUUUGGGGACAUCCCAGAGAUCAUUCCCAUUUAUCUGGUUCACCGCCCAUCCAAUGACAUCCCCUACGCCACACUGGAAGAGGAACUGAUUGGUGACUUUGUCAAGUAUUCGGUCAAAGAUGGCAAAGAGAUCAACCUGAUGAGACGUGACUCUGAGGCGGGACAGAAAUGCUGUGCUUUCCAACACUGGGUCUACCAAAAUACUGAGGGCAACCUGCUGAUUACUGACAUGCAAGGAGUGGGCAUGAGACUUACAGAUGUAGGAAUAGCCACUUGUAAGAAAGGUUACAAGGGAUUCAGAGGAAACUGCUCCACCUCCUUCAUUGACCAGUUCAAAGCUUUGCACCAGUGCAACAAGUACUGUGAGAUCUUGGGGCUCAAAUCUGUGCAGCCAAAAGCCAAAAAGGCUUCAGCUGCUCCAAAAUCUAAACCCCAACCCUCUGCUGCAACCAAGAAAAAAACAUUCGGUUCAACAGUGAAGGGCAAGUCAUAAUAGGAGGAGAAUCUUGGACCCUUGAUUUCUUUAUUAAUAGAAAUGCCAGUGUUUUUCCCAGAUUGGGAUUGCAGGAUGCCAGAUUACUGAGGAGGCUGGCACACAACCAACAGCUUUGUUCAAUAUGAACCGAACACAUGAAGUUAUUUUGAAAGAUCUACAAGGGGUUUGUGUCAUUAUUUCAUAAGUUUGGGAAAAACUGUGAUAAUAUUGAGGAACACUUAAACAGUUUGUCUACAGUAAUGAACUGUGAUGUCUUAGACCAUUUGAUUGAUGGAGUGCAAUCAUUUUUCUUUUCAGAUGUUUUGUUCUUUUUCUACUUCUGUGAUGUUGUCAAGCUGUUAGUUCAUUAAAUUAAUGGACCUAUUCAUUGAUUGAUUGGAGGACAUGUCUCUGAAGUAGGUUGUAUGAAUGGGUUCUUUUUGUGUGUUGAAAUAUAGCAUAUUCAGACUAAUGAUGCUUUAUUUUUAUUAUAAUACUCCUUCAUUUAGUGGAGCACAGACACAGUGAACUUUUAUGUUAAAAAAAAAACACAAGGAAACUGUAUGCACUCAAAGUUCAUGAAAAGACUUUGUUUUCCAGGAGAAACAGAAACUUUUUUCAAUGCAUGAUUAAAUUAUCUGAGUUGUUUCUUCCUGUUCUGUUCAUUUAAAUAGUCUGGCAUCAUCUCAAAUAUCUACACUGCACUGGUUUAGGCUACUAGAUGUUAGUGUAUGUGAAGUAAAAGGCAUGUCAAAGUAUUCACACACUGACCUUACAUCAAUAUGAUCUCUGAAGUAUUCCAGUUAUUUAAAUACAGUCUCUCUACUGUCCCACUCUUGCUGUUGCCUUUUAAAUCCCUGAACCAAACUGCUGAUACUGGGGCUGUGCCCAGUGUGUGUGCAAAUAGUAGGUCUUUAAAUGUUUUAUCCAUUACAAAUGUUUUCUAAUAAUUGUGAAUUUCAUGAAGCAUGAAGUUAGAUCAGUUCAUAUAUUAUGUACUUGGACAGAUAUGACACAUGUAAUAGGUCUGAGAUUGAGAACAGUCAUGAAACUUGAACAUUGGAUGGUAUUUAAUUCUUAAGAAUGGCUAGUGGGAUACUCCAUAGAAAUAGACACUGUUUAUUUAUUUUUUGAAUGCAUGAUAACAUAAGUGCAAUCACAAAUUCCAACAACACAAGUAAGAUGUCCUGUUUACAUGUUGAAAACUCACACGAGGUCACAACAACACGGAAAUAAAUGCCUUCUUUUUUCCUUUUUUUUUUAAUCUAUUCUCACAGGCAAAGGACCCCAGCAUCCAAUUAGCACCUCAAAUGCAAAAAUAAGUAGGUUGCACUCGGAGGCUCGACAUCAUGUUUCGACACACUUUAUGUCUAUUUCCAUCUCUGCGUCUCCUGUACUGGUGUAACGUGUCCUGUGCUGUCGCCACCUUUGACAUAUGGGGACACAUGUUCAGGCUUUACAGUAUGAAUGAGGGAAAGUAUGGAUUAUACAGGAGGUUACAAAAUAAAUACAUGAUCAAAGGA